UCCUCGUUCAUUCAUUCCUUGUCACGCGUUGAGAUCGUUUGGUUGGCGGCCGGUGCGCAGAGGCUUGGUUCGGACGUGCCUUCACAUCAUUACUGCCACUGCCAGGGGCACAAUAUCCCCGAUCACCAUCUGGCUUUAUCCCACCACCCGUUUGACUUGAAUCAGAUUGAGUGGGCUCUUGGGUUUGACAGGUGGAGGGACAUGGCCGUGCCUGGGGGGAUGCGAGGCAGCAACGAUUGAAAAAGCACUGUCGACUCGUGCUGGUGGCGCGCCCAAGACACGUCGCUUUCUGUUCUUCCGGUUAUAGUGUUGACGGCUAUAGGUGCCGUUUAUCCACGCCCAAACAGACCGGUAUCCGUCCAAUCCAGAUGGCCAAGAUGGCGGCUGGCACCUUGCGCACGGCUGAUUUCACCGUGCGAGGCGGCAGGGUUGAGCGAGCUCAGCCCGUUGAUAUGCGGUACACGCGCACAUAUCGCAACGACCGAGAUCCCGACGCCGCCCAACUACGUGAGACUGCCCUUGGCACCACCUCUGGGGCCCGCCGCAAUGCGCGCACUGCGCCCACUGUGGUGCCUCGCGCUGCCAUUCGACGAGCUGUAGAUGGCACAAUUCACGACACGCAACGCGACCAACGCGUUCUUGUGCUCAGUCUACGUGAGGUGCAGGCGCGUCUCACAGCCGUUCAUAAUGGCUUGCAUCGCCACACGCAGCGCUUGCAGACCGAGCUUGAGGUAGGCCCGCGCCGCCUGGCUGGUCUGGCCUCUGCCAGCCUCGUCAAGCGCCGACAGCGCGCUGUUCCGGCAUCCAAUGACGAUGUUACAUCUGCACUCAAACAAGAGCGCACAGAGGCGCUCGAGGCUGUUCAGCGCUUUGAACGUCAGCUGCAGCAAAACCGGGCCCUGCUUCAGCAAUUGUCCCGUGACGAGAAAGCUCUUCGUCGCCACAUUGACCAAGAAAAAAGCAGCCUGACUCUUCACGACGAGCAUCACUCUGGCGUUGUCCAACAACACAGUCGUCCACAAGGCCAGCCACCUGCCAGCGUGGUUCAGGCCACCACCACUUCGCUGAGCGCCAAGGCUGCGCAAAGCGCCACGGAGACCCUGCUGAGCGAGAUUGGCCCCGCCAUGCGCGCUCUAUACGAACGCACCAACUCAGCCCUGCGCAAUAGCAUUGCCAAUGCUUCCCGUCUCAAGUCCGAGAACGCACUAGCUCGGGGCCAAUGCAUCGUGUCACGCAACGCGGCUGCGCGUGCCGCGGAGCGAGUCGACUUGACCCACCAGCUCAACCACGGCCCUCGCGAGACUCGAUUUCGAACCGUAUCAGAGCGCGUUGAUCGCCCCAUGGUCCGCUCUCUGGGACGGAAUGAGCAUAUUGACCGAUCUGCCGUUGUGGGCUGGGAAAGCAGCGAGCGCGGCAAUGUGACCCUGGCUGCGAAAACACGCUCGCUCACGCGUGACACUGCCCGCCUAGAGUCAGAGAGGACCCAGCGCUGGUACACGACCGCCGGGCAAACUGCUAUCAAAGGUUCAUGCCGAUUCACUGUCGUCGGCCAACAAGGCGGCGAUACGACGUACAACGUCGUCAGCGGCCGCAGAUUGGAGAUAGGAGCUGGGUCCAGAACUGGGGAUCUCGUGGUGGUGGGGAAUCUCCUCCUCGCCUCCUGCAGAAGCGCCACUGGCGGUGCCUUCAGGCGCCGGUGCGGGCGCACUCGAGUGUGUAGCAGUGGGUGA